AUGAGAACACUGCUAGAGAAAGGAAAACUGGACAGCAUCAAGAAAAAAAUAAAGAGAAUGAAUGUUAACAUCAUGGGUUUAUGUGUAGUACGAUGGACAGGAGCUGGCAGCAUAGUGUCAGACAGCUGUAAAACCAUUUACUCAGCAGAAGGCGACAAACCUGAAAGAGGAGUAGCGGUCAUCAUGGACUUGCCAACAUCGAGGACUCUCAAGGGGUACCUGACAUUAGCAGACAGAGUUAUGCAAGUGAGACUGAAAGGAUCAUUCUUCGAUGCAACCAUCAUCCAAGCGUAUGCGCCAACCUCAGAAUGCACAGAAGAAGAAAUAGAGAAGUUUUGUGAUGAAAUAAAUCAAGCUAAGACACAUUGUAAAUCGCAGGAUAUUGUCAUAGUCAUGGGAGAUUUUAAAGGAAAGGUGGGAACAACAAGACAUGAAGACAUAGUGGGCCCAUAUGGACUGGGAACCAGAAAUGAAAGAGGAGAAAAACUGAUAGAAUGGGUCAUCUUGAAUGAUAUCAUUAUUAUUGGAAUCACCAAGAAGAUUAUGGACCUGGAAGAGGAGUCCUGGAGACAGCGCUCGCAACCAGAGCGACUAUAUCAUAAUCAAUAA